GUACUACGCAGCCGUGGAGGCCAAGAAGGAGCAGAGCAGCAAACACGCGCAGAGCUUCGGGGCGCGGCAGCCCACCAUGGGGGGCUCCAACCCCGGGCAGGUGCUGCAGCUCUCGGACCUGCUGCAGCGCGGCAUCGGCGUCCACCACGGCGGGGUGCUGCCCCUGCUCAAGGAGAUCGUGGAGAUGCUCUUCAGCCAAGGGCUGGUCAAGGUGCUGUUCGCCACCGAGACCUUCGCCAUGGGGGUGAACAUGCCGGCACGGACCGUCGUCUUCGACUCCAUCCGCAAACACGACGGGAACAGCUUCCGUGACCUCCUGCCAGGCGAGUACACGCAGAUGUCGGGGCGCGCCGGGCGCCGCGGGCUGGACGCCACCGGCACCGUCAUCAUCCUCUGCAAGGGACAGGUGCCCGAGCUGUCCGACCUGCACCGCAUGAUGCUGGUGAGCGCCUGGCAUGUCACUGACAUGUUACUGCCGUGUCCCCAACCGUGUGUCACUGCCUGAGUGUCCCCCCAUUUG